AUGGACCACACAAUGCACUGGCGAGGCGAGCACGAGCACGAGCCAGAAGGCAACGAAGAAAAUGAUCCAGCCUACGAACUCCUUCUUCCGGGCGAACACACCAACACAUAUCGCGACAGGCCUAAACGUCCUCCUUGGUACAAACGUUCAGCGUACAUUUUAUUAUGUGCUGCCGCCUUGCUAUUCAUAAGUACGGUCUUGUACACAAUCGACGUGUUCUCUGGAUAUUCGCUUAGGAAGACACUAUCAUCGGCAAGCAGCAACUACGUUGGCUCCGUUGUUUCUCAUCUUUGGCCGGAAGGUAUGGCUAACCGCACGGAUAAUUGGGAGAACGAAAACAGCAAGACCAUGCAUGCCUUAUUCAAGUGUCUGGCCAACGGCGGGUGUGGAGAAAACCAAACCAGCAUUGUCCUGUUAUCCUCGCCGCACUUCAAGGACUCGAUAGCAGGCCAUACUUCGGGCGAGGAUAUUUGGGCGAUAAGUAUACUCUUGUCUUUGAAGGAAAUGGGAUAUACCGCCGUCUACGCGCCACACAACUCUGAGCUCCUCCGUACCUAUAGGCAAUACCCCGACCUAGUCAAGAUCAUCAUCAGCGAAGGCUCCGACGCGGAAAGCUGCUUCAAAGACCCUCAAUGCACCAAGACAAAGGACCAUCCGCUCGGAAUACCCGCUUGGAAAAUGCUUGCGAUGCAUUUCUGGACGGGUUCCAGCCACCCACUGGGUAACCAAUGGACGCUUUCUCCAGAAAACUUCCCGCUUCUCAGUCCGGGAAACUCGAAAGACAACGUAUAUCUGGGAUACAGUGUCGAACGCGCCUGCAAGGAGAUUCCGAUCAUGCCUAUGGAUGAACGACCCAACCAAGGCUUCGUCUAUGGCAAGCGACUCGAUUAUUUCUUCGGCAAGGACUUUGCUUGGGAAGGCGUGUCGUUCGUACCUCCCUUUCCCAUCCAGCUCGUCGCUGGAUUCUCGAACGACUCCUCGGUUCUCUCGCCUCCGCCUGAGGGUAUCGACAAUAUGGGCGUCAUGCCAAAGCAUAGAUUUUACGAACACUUGGGGAUGAGCCGCGUAUUGAUUGGCAUUGGCCGACCAGUCUUGAGCCCCACGCCAUAUGAUGCGCUAUGCAUGGGUGUUCCAUUUAUCAACCCAAUCAUGCAUUGGGACAAGAAGAAGCCAGACGAUCGGUCAAAGUGGGAGGCACAACAUGACGGCCUGAAGUACGAAAGUCCACCCUACGUUUACAACGUCAAGAAAGGCGAUGGGGAAGGUUUAUGGAAAGCAGUGAAAGACGCACUUGAUCAUCCGAUUGACAGAUAUAUUGUACCAAACAUGACGAUGGCAUCGCUGGGAGCACGAUUGGGUGCUCUUGUCGAGAAAGACUGGAAGAGCCAAGCUGAGCAGUUAUUGGAACUAAGGAAAAAGACGGGCAAGGGCGAGGUUAGUCGUGUUUAA